CCUGCAGCGUCUCUGAAUCAGGGCCGAGGAAGGAUGACAAGAGAAGAGGCGAGGAUGUCCAUUCUGUAUCGUUUUACAAUGAUGGCAUUGCUAACGGGUGUCCAAGCAGAUGGGUCGGUUCUACCAGAGUCUGAGAAAGUCUUCAGCAGGCCUCUGCGAAUGGAACAGGAGGUCAAUGAGCAGCUCAACACAUCAGCCCUAAACACAGCCUUGGCCUUUGAACCUUACCGUGACCUUGCCACCAGAGCCAACUCCACGCCCGGUGUCCAGAUACAGCACAACAUCUUGUUCUCGCCCUUGGGCCUGGCAUCAGCUCUGGCCCUGCUGUCCCAAGUGACUGGGUCAGAGAGUCGGAGCCAGGCCCUGGAGGCCUUGGGGCUGGCAGCCAACUCUACAGAGCAGAGCUUGGAAGCCACCAUAUCUGCUCUCACAGAUCUGCAACACAGACUCGCUCUCAAGGAGGGAGGGGGCGACAAUGGGGUGCAAAGGGCAGAGUCCGCAGGCGAAACCGAAGUUGGGAUUGGGGCCACACGAGAGGGGGACAUCGGAGGGGCAGAUGCUGGAGACAGAGCCGAUGUAGAUAAUGUUUCAGAGGCGAGAAAUGGAACUGAGGAUGGGGUUCAUCCUGGCAUUCAGUUAAGACUUUGGAACAGCCUACAUAUUGAUGGGAAACCUUUACUAGACUAUGACAGCUUUUUGUCCAGGCCUCAGCAAACUGGACCCUCCGCCUUUAACAUCAGCUUAGACACGUUGAUGAAAGACUUGGAAGCCUCUGAUAAACUUGAACUUAGCAAUUAUGUGUAUUUCAAAGGUCGUCUGCCAUUUGAGAGGCUCCACACAGUGCCACGCAGCUUCCAGCUGAACGCCACCAGCAGCGUGGAGGUCUCCAUGAUGUUCAGGGACGACUCUUCUGAGGUGAUGAUGCUGUACGACACCAACUGCUCAGCCACAGUGGUGCGGCUGGAGUAUUCAGAGCGCCUGGCCUCGCUGCUGCUGCUCCCUAAAGCCGAGCUGCAGCCGCUGGAGGACUGCCUCUCCGACAGCCGCAUGAGCUUCUGGCUCAGCAACCUGAAGCCGGGGCGGGCAGAAAUCCUUUUCCCUAAGUUCCAUCUAAGGAAAUCCUACAAUUUGGACAGCCUCCUGAGGAACUCUGGGGUGUCAUCUAUUUUCUCGGACUCAGCCGAUUUUGCAAGAAUAUCACGGAAGACGCUGAAACUCGUCAAGGCUCCUCAUGAGGUUAUGCUGGAGGUGGAAGAAACCGAAUCAGAAGACGGGGGGAGGCCUGACAUACUGCUGGACUUCUCUGUCCCCCCGAGGAUCACCUUUAACAGACCAUUCAUGCUCAUAAUCUAUGACGAUCUCACGGGGCUCAUCCUGUUUAUGGGGAGAAUUAUCGAUCCAACAGAAGUCUAGACCAUAGCAACACACUCUCCUUUUUGUGCUUUUCUAUUGAUAUAAUACUGCAUUAACUUUUCAUAUUUUGUAUUUUUUCCAAUAGUUAAUUGGGCAUAGUUUUCUGGGGAAAUAAAUGGAUUUUCAGUCAUUUCCCUGAAGUUGCAGAGUUUUGUUUUACUUCCAAUUUCCCAAACAUUACCGGAUGAUUCACAGUUUAUUUCCCCAUUUUCACGAAAUGAUGAAAGAACAUUCAAAUGGCAGUCAUUUAUCCAUGUGACUAAAUCUGUGCUUUUCUUGCAAUAAAACACAUAAAACACUUUUCUCCCAUCACAGAA